AAAAUCAGUUGUACAUCCCUUUACUAAGGCGUUAUUAUCCAUUGUAUUAGAGGCUGCUCCCAGGAGAGUAAACUUCACACAAAUCCCAUCCCCAGAAUAUUCCAGAAACAGAUGGGGGACUGGACAGCUUCACAGCUGGUGAGUGGAGUGGGUAGAGCGCUGGGUCUGGAGCCCACUUCUAAGUCAGACUUCGCCUCUGUUGUACAGCAAAACAAGCCAUCAUAUUAAAAAAAAAAAAAAAAAUAGAACAACAAUGGCGGCUAACCCUAAGUGCCAGGCCAUUUAAUCAGCAAGAAAGUAUUUUUGGAGCAUUCCUUCACUAAAGCGGCCAAAUGAGAAACUAUUUUUUCUUUUCUUUUCCUCAGUCGAAUGACACUGCAACCCGAAAUCACAACCGUGUUUCAGGUUCCUGAUGGUGCCCGCUUCCUCUUCUCGUUUGUUUAGUCACUGACUUGAUUCCUGUGGGCACAGGCUCCCCGCGCCAUUGCGCUGCGGGAGCGCCGCGGCCGCGGGUGCGCAGCUCGAGGAACAGAGGAGCUCGAAGGACACCUUGUGCCUGUCACCCAGUGGAGCGCAGCACUGCCUUGGCUCGCUGAGGAGGUUUGGAUUUGCCUCAGAAGGACUCCAAAAACUGAACAGAGAAAUCCCAAGUGCACUGUCUGAAUCUUCCCAUACUCCUGUUCCUCAUCUGAGAAAGAACCAGACCAAGCAAGCUGUGGUUUUUGGUGUCCCCAGCCGUGGAUGCCUGUGACAUUAUGACCGCAGAGGAUUCCACCGCAGCCAUGAGUAGCGAGCCGGCCUCCGCGGCCUCGGCCAAAGUGCCCGAGGGGGUGGCGGGUGCGCCCAACGAGGCAGCCCUGGUGGCGCUAAUGGAGCGCACUGGCUACAGCAUGAUGCAGGAGAAUGGGCAGCGCAAAUACGGCGGGCCUCCCCCGGGCUGGGAGGGCCCGCACCCCCAGCGUGGCUGCGAGGUCUUCGUGGGCAAGAUCCCGCGCGACGUGUAUGAGGACGAGCUGGUGCCCGUGUUCGAGGCCGUGGGCCGCAUCUACGAGCUGCGCCUCAUGAUGGACUUCGACGGCAAGAACCGCGGCUAUGCCUUCGUCAUGUACUGCCACAAGAACGAGGCCAAGCGCGCUGUGCGCGAGCUCAACAACUACGAGAUCCGGCCUGGCCGGCUGCUGGGGGUGUGCUGCAGCGUGGACAACUGCCGCCUCUUCAUCGGUGGCAUCCCCAAGAUGAAGAAGCGCGAGGAGAUCCUGGAGGAGAUCGCCAAGGUCACCGAGGGCGUGCUGGACGUCAUCGUGUACGCCAGUGCAGCCGACAAGAUGAAGAACCGCGGCUUCGCCUUCGUGGAGUACGAGAGCCACCGCGCUGCCGCCAUGGCGCGCCGCAAGCUCAUGCCUGGCCGCAUCCAGCUGUGGGGCCACCAGAUUGCUGUGGACUGGGCCGAGCCCGAGAUCGACGUGGACGAGGACGUGAUGGAGACCGUGAAGAUCCUCUACGUGCGCAACCUCAUGAUCGAGACCACCGAGGACACAAUCAAGAAGAGCUUCGGCCAGUUCAACCCCGGUUGCGUGGAGCGCGUCAAGAAGAUCCGCGACUAUGCCUUCGUGCACUUCACCAGCCGUGAGGACGCCGUGCAGGCCAUGAACAACCUCAAUGGCACCGAACUGGAGGGCUCAUGCCUCGAGGUCACGCUGGCCAAGCCGGUGGACAAGGAGCAGUACUCCCGGUACCAGAAAGCAGCCAAGGGCGGGGGUGCGGCCGAGGCUGCAGCGCAGCCGCCCAGCUACGUGUACUCAUGCGACCCCUACACGCUUGCCUACUACGGCUACCCCUACAACGCGCUCAUCGGGCCCAACAGGGACUACUUUGUGAAAGCAGGCAGCAUACGAGGCCGGGGGCGAGGCAUGGCUGGCAACAGAGCCCCAGGGCCCCGGGGCUCCUACCUCGGGGGAUAUUCUGCCGGCCGUGGAAUCUACAGCCGAUAUCACGAAGGAAAAGGAAAGCAGCAGGAAAAAGGUUAUGAACUUGUGCCGAAUUUGGAAAUCUCUGCCGUCAAUCCAGUUGCCAUUAAACCUGGUACAGUGGCCAUCCCUGCCAUUGGGCCCCAGUAUUCCAUGUUUCAGGCAGCCCCGGCCCCUAAAAUGAUUGAAGAUGGCAAAAUUCACACCAUGGAGCACAUGAUCAGCCCCAUUGCAGUGCAGCCAGACCCAGCCAGCGCUGCGGCUGCAGCCGCAGCCGCCGCUGCCAUCAUUCCUGCCGUCUCAACGCCGCCACCUUUCCAGGGACGCCCAAUAACUCCGGUGUACACAGUGGCCCCAAAUGUGCAGAGAAUUCACACUGCCGGCAUCUACGGGGCCAGUUAUGUCCCUUUUGCUGCUCCGGCCACAGCCACAAUUGCCACACUACAGAAGAACGCGGCGGCUGCAGCUGCCGUGUACGGAGGGUACGCCGCGGGCUACAUACCUCAGGCCUUCCCCGCUGCUGCUAUUCAGGUCCCCAUUCAUGACGUCUACCAGACAUACUGAGACUGGUGACCAGCGAAAGACAAGCCCAAAGACCACUGAAGGAACGCUUUACUAUUUAUGAAGACAGAACAUGUUGGAUCAGCGCACAUACGAAACCAGAAAGUGAAGAAUGUUAUCAGAUACUACAUGGAAAUGUUUUAUAUACAUGAAGUUUUUCACUAGUAAAGACUAUUUUCCACUUCACAGGCCUGUGUUCAUACAUUUCUAUAAGACUUACAGUGGUCCAUGCCUUAAUGCCAUCUUUUAAAAAAUGUUUAUGCUAUACUACAUUUAUAUAGAGGUUUUGUUUUUUGUUUGUUUUUUAAGGAUAUAUUUUCAGUAUGAAGGUUAUUUUCUUAACUUCUGCACUCCAGAUAUUUCUAUUUUGUAGUAUCUUCAAUAAUAUAUCAGCUAUAUAUUAAAAAGAAAGCACAUUUGAGCAGCUAGGGAACUAUUUUGAAAAACUAUAUUCAAUAUUUAAAGAUACAAACCAUAGUGCUUUAAAAUACUACAUAAGAUGUUAUUUUAAAAGUGAUACUGGAAAGUGCAAUUUUUUAAAUGAGUAAAACCUCUGCUAUGUUUCCACCAGCAUUAAGGGUUGAGGGUGUUACAAUCAAACACUCGAUGUCUCCUUCAGCCAACACGGGAGUGACUCGCCACAAACUGUGUCCAGACACUGGAAAACCCUCCCCUGCCACCACUUCCUUGGGCUCCUCCUGUGCCUUCUCCAUUCGCUGUGCCUAUCACACCAUGACCUCUGCCUGACCCCCACCCAGCUGCCAAGUUUGGCAAGGCUGGGACAAAUGAAGAACUCUGAUAGAGAAAACAACCGGUGGCUUUUAUACUUCUUCCUAGGUUUUUGUUGGAGUUUUGUUUUGCUGUAUUUUUUUGUUCUGGUUGGGGAGGUGUAUUCUCUUCUAUAUGUGCUAUUUUCAAUAGCAGAGUAUGUGUAAGCACAAGGUUUUAUUGUGUUUGCCUAAGACAUCUUUGCAUAGCUAUUUGUCUGAUAUAAAACCUUAAUUCCCUGUCUAAUGCUUUUAUUUGUUUUUGAAGUAUGACUUUUAGAGACAAAGAAUGUAUAUCAUUGUAGACAAGACCCUAGGGACUCUAGUCAGCAGACAGUUAAGCUUCUGGUCAUCUUACCAUGUUUCAUACAAAAUGUGUGUGGGCAGGAGGGCUUUAGCGACAUUGUGUCUGUCAAGCGUUAAUGUCUAUCUGUCCUCGACUCUGCGCACUUGCAAUGAACUUGGACCAUGCAAGUCCAGGAGGAGAGACCAGAGGAGUUCAAAGAAAAUUUGUAAAUAUCCUUUAAGUUUUGACUCCUUUUAUGUUGCAGAAGUUCCAGGUUAUGUAGUUUAAUACAAAAUAACACCAUGUUAUUUCAGUGCUGUUAGAAGGGUUUGUUUUAUUAGGAAGUGAAUAUAUUGUUGCAGUGUUUUAAAAGGCUUUUGUUCAGCAGCCAGAAUGUAAAAUACAGUAACAUGUUCAGAUCAUCAUCUGUUUUGUGAAAUACAUCAACUUGGAUUGUUCUUCAAGGCUCUAUCAAGGAAAUGAGGUGUGCAAUAGGUGACAGAUACACAACUGUUUGUCUGUGUCAUGUUAGAGGUCCGUCAGCUCUUUGCACUCACUGGAGUUCUUCUGUUGAUGGCUGAAUUCUUACUUGUGAAUUAAUAGGACCAUGCCCUUAGCAAACACUUUUAGGUUGUUUUUUUGUUUUGUUUUGUUUUGUUUUGUUUUAAUUAAGAGAUUCCCAAAUGCCCUUUCCCCCCCUCAGCUUGAUGAGUUUUUGUAUGUAAGGAAUAUUUAUUUAACUAUUCUAUAAAAUUAUUGAGUGCCUGCUGAGGCCUCUAAACAUUCCUAUUGUUCCUUUCCAUCGUUCUUAAAUGACAGAAAGUAAUUGUGCAAUGCUCCCGGUGAGGCACCCAGCAAGCUGCAUCCUAACUCAAGCCUGUUGGAAUGGAUGUUCCAGCAAAAUGCAGUGUGGAUUGGAUCCUCAUCUCUUGACUUGUGUGAAAGAAGUACUGUCCUUCCAGGGAAGGGUAUCCACAGAGCUUCACCGGAUGAAACUCUGACCCAGCGUUCUUACUGUAUUUUACAUGUGCUUGUGAGUUCUUUGCAAAACAACAAAACAAAAAGAAGGAGAAAAAAAAAAAAAAAAGGAUAACAUGGCCACUACCAAACUACCUUAAAAACAAAUGUUGGUGAUGGCCAGUGGAGUAUCACUGAGCCUAUCUGUGGUCUGUUUCUGUUGUUUCAACAACCAUUUCAUAGUACACUACUGGGGUAAGUUUAUAACUUGAAAUGUGAACUUUUUUUUUUUUUUUUAGGGUUAAGAACAAACUAUAUAAAUGUUUUUUAAAAAAAAAAAAUUUAGAGUUCUGUUUCCAAACAUGCUAGUACAUUAGUUGUUGUUAGCUGCUUUGUAUUUGAAAGGCUUCUUAGGUCCUGCUCCAUUUGCAGUACAUUCUUAGGAUGUAUGUAGUAAAUAAAGCUUUCUUCCAAGCAA